AUGGCAGAGAAACGCUCAGUGGGGAAGUUUAGCGUGUCUUCAGACCGAGUGUCCAGGCUCCACAGUGAGGUCUCUGUGCUGGUGUCGCGGCUGCAGAACGCCACGCCCUCCUCCACUAUCGAGGGUGGUGACCAUGAGACGACAGGGCUGAGGGUGAGGCUGCUGUGGCAGAUGCACGUCACUCAUUCAUAUUUUAUUUACGCAAUACAAGGCAGUAGUUUUGUGGUGCCCAUGGGCAGCUCCCUGGACGUGUCCAACUGGCUGAACCCGGCCAGACUGACCCUGUACCAGCAGAACCACACCUCCUCCCACUGGGUCCAGGAUCACUGCGGUCAGAGGACCACGGAACCCUGCGAGCAGCUGUGUGAGGAGGACACAGACAGUGACCCGUGCACCGGGACCAAGUCUGACCCAUGCACCGGGACCAAGUCUGACCCAUGCACCAGGACCAGGUCUGACCCGUGCACCGGGACCAAGUCUGACCCAUGCACCGGGACCAGGUCUGACCCGUGCACCGGGACCAAGUCUGACCCAUGCACCAGGACCAGGUCUGACCCGUGCACCGGGACCAAGUCUGACCCAUGCACCGGGACCAAGUCUGACCCAUGCACCAGGACCAGGUCUGACCCGUGCACCGGGACCAAGUCUGACCCAUGCACCGGGACCAGGUCUGACCCGUGCACCGGGACCAAGUCUGACCCAUGCACCGGGACCAGGUCUGACCCGUGCACCGGGACCAGGUCUGACCCGUGCACCGGGACCAAGUCUGACCCGUGCACCAGGACCAAGUCUGACCCGUGCACCGGGACCAGGUCUGACCCGUGCACCGGGACCAGGUCUGACCCGUGCACCGGGACCAAGUCUGACCCGUGCACCGGGACCAAGUCUGACCCAUGCGCCGGGUCCAGGUCUGACCCAUGCACCAGGACCAGGUCUGACCCGUGCACCGGGACCAAGUCUGACCCAUGCACUGGGACCAGGUCUGACCCGUGCACCGGGACCAAGUCUGACCCAUGCACCAGGACCAGGUCUGACCCGUGCACCGGGACCAAGUCUGACCCGUGCACCGGGACCAGGUCUGACCCGUGCACCGGGACCAGGUCUGACCCGUGCACCGGGACCAAGUCUGACCCAUGCACCGGGACCAAGUCUGACCCGUGUGGGAACUGUGCUUUAGAAUCAUCAUGGAAUCGUCCUGUUUACUGA